ACCACUCUCCUCUUUCUAACCAAGUAACCAACCCCCAACCGAAAAAAUUCAAUAAUUAUAAUUACGAUUUUCGAACUCAUUUCUCUCAGAAAUCUCCAAACCUGUCCAUUCCGUUCCCUGCAGUUGAGGAUCGAUUAUGAAGUUAGGGGAAGCGCGUUGGCUGUGGACGCUGCUCAUAGUGGCGGCGGCGGUUCCGGCGGCGCGUGGGUUGUGGUUGGACUUGCCGAGCACGGGAUCGAAGUGCAUCUCCGAGGAAUUGCACAACAACGCCGUUGUUUUAGCUGAUUACUACGCAUUCAUCGGAGAAGACUACGAUGUCAAUGCUACUCAGACUCCGACCAUCACCGUUAAGGUUACAUCACCAUAUGGAAAUGAAAUCCAUCAUAGCGAAAAAGUUGCUCACGGUCAGUUUGCCUUUACGGCAACUGAGGCUGGGAACUACUUGGCAUGCUUUUCACUUGAUGGUGAUCAAGGAGGUAAAAAGGUGACUGUUGGUAUUGACUGGAAAACUGGAAUUGCUGCAAAAGAUUGGGAGAGUGUUGCAAGGAAGGAGAAGAUUGAGGGGCUUGAACUUGAGUUGAAAAAAUUAGAGGAAGCAGUGGAAACUAUCCAUAAUAACUUGUAUCAUCUGGUAAACAGGGAGGCGGAGAUGAGGGAGGUUAGCGAGAGUACUAACGCUAGAGUUGCAUGGUAUAGUUUGAUGGCCCUCACCAUCUGCAUCGUGACCUCGAUUCUCCAGGUUCUGUAUUUGAGGCGAUAUUUCAGGAAGAAGAAGCUCAUUUAGACAGCACUUGGUUCUUUUUCUUCUUACAGAAACCAAAUCCAUUACAAGUUUUUGAAGGAAUCAGGCAGUUAUAUUAUUGAUAUAUAGCAGAGUGAUGUAGUGCAACAAAUUCAUAAAUACAAUUCAAGUUUGUAUUCCAUUCACAUAUUUGUAGUGUUUUCGGUUCUGGAUCAUGACCUGUUCGAUGGACCGGAUCAUGAUGAUCUUGACCUGUCAAUUAAAUUAGAUAUGAGCUGAAACAGACUAAAGAUUGUAUACAGGAAUCAAUUCCAAAGCCAAAUAAUCAAUUGUAUUGCUGAUUUUACUUGAAUAUAACUAUAUAUUGAAACUUAAAUU